AUGGAGCAAGCAAAGUCGCUGCAGCAACGGAUACAAGAAUUUGAAUGCCGAAUACGUCGAUGGAAACAAGUGAGAUUUGCUCCCUUAACGAGACAUAUUUUCGCCUCUCGUAGAUCAUCAAGCGUCGAACCACGUGUAGCACAAAUUUCUAAAGUUUUUCCUAACUCAAGUUGCUCAUUUCCGCCUCAAACUAGUCCACUUCCUAGAAGAAAUAUGGGAGAUGGUGCACUUCGCCCAAAUCUUUCAGAAUUACCAACCAACAUAUUCCCACCUUCAGCUCCUAGUGCUGCUGACGAUGGGCUAAGCAAGCGUCUAGCAGACAUCAAAAGAUUAUCUGGUCGUAUAACCAUCAUGAAUACAGUGUACGAUACAACAAAAGAAAGUUUGAAAAGGAUGGGAGAGCUGGGUUCUGGCACUUGUGGUGUUGUGUAUAGAGCUCGGUUUGAGCAAACAGGAACAAUUAUGGCUGUUAAGCAAAUGGCUAUGACAUCAGUCGCGGAAGAAAAUAAACGUGUUUUGAUGGACUUGGAAGUGGUACUCCGUUCACACGAUUGUCCGCAUAUUGUACGAUGCUAUGGAUGUUUCAUUACUGAUUUUGAAGUGUUAAUUUGUAUGGAAUUGAUGGCAACAUGUCUAGACAAACUCUCGAAACGAGUAAAAGGCGGCUUCCCAGAAGUUAUUCUUGGAAAAAUGGCCGUCUCAAUUAUAAAAGCUUUGGAUUAUCUCAAGGUUUCUCAGCUAAAUUAUCGUGCCAACGAUUUACAGAAUAUAAUUCAUCGAGACGUAAAACCAUCGAAUAUAUUGCUUGAUUUGAAUGGAACAGUAAAACUUUGUGACUUUGGAAUAGCUGGGCGUUUAGUUGAUUCCAUGGCUCGAACUGGAACAGUUGGUUGUUCUGCCUAUAUGUCGCCUGAACGUCUGGAAGCACAAAAAAAGUAUGACGUUCGAGCUGAUGUGUGGAGUGUUGGAAUUUCUUUGGUGGAAUUAGCUAAAGGUGAAUAUCCUUAUCGUGGUUGUAAAACUGAAUUUGAAGUGUUGUCAAGAAUUGUUUACGAGCCAGCACCGACAUUACAGCCUGAAGAAGGGUUUUCUCCGGUGUUUUGCGAUUUUGUUCGUCUUUGCCUUACCAAGGACUAUCACGUGCGACCAAAGUAUAAAGAACUUUUGGUAAAUCUCUUGAAAAUUUUGUAUCACUCUUUCUUAUUGUUAAAUUUAAUGCAAAUGCAGAGGAAAAUUACUAAUAUAAAACUUUUCGGCUUAUUUCUCUCAAAUUUUCGUAAGAAUAUUAUAAUUCUACUAAAUGGUCUGUGUAAACAGUAA